CAAAUGCGAAACGAAGCUUAAGGCAAAGUUAGCUUAGGAAGAAGGCACAAAAGUGAAUUUGAAUGACAAUGUGUUGUAAGCCAAAUAAAUGGCAACAUCAACAAGAGCGGGAUGUAAUUAAAAGUAACGUAAAAGAAACAGUUACGAAAACAACAAAAGGAACCAUAAACAAAAAAGUGCAUAGAGGAAAACAAAUUGAAAAGCAAACGGAAACAAAGAGCAAAGCAAAGUGAAGAAAAUGUCUGGCACGCCGUCGAAGGACACAGCGACAAAGACUAAAGAAACGGUUAGCGAGCCACCAAUAGCCACGCCCACGGCCCCUACUACCACAGCAACAACAGCAACAGAAACAACAAAGUCAACAAUAACAACAGCAAAGAAGACUUUAACAUCCAAUGCAGCUUUGUCAUUGUUUGAUCAGCUGAAAAACGGCGUCAAUUUGAACAGUUUGACUGGAACUGCCUCCCCCUCGGCUAGCCCUCCGGCAUUCCCGUUCGCCUCACCCGCCGCUCGAGCCACAAAUAUUGAAUUGAAGCCACCACCGCCCCAGCCGCCAAAGGCGUCCUUCAAUACGCCCACGCGGCUGCUGUUGCUCCCGCCCACAAGCGGCAGCAUUGGCAUUGUGCAGGGCACGAAACGGGGCAGGGAAACAACGAAAGCAACAACUGCAACAAGCAACAAUACAACGAAACCCAAGCAAACAGCACCGACGGCAGCAGCAGCUAAAUUGGAUAUCAACGCAUUGCGAUCUCAGCUCUAUCAAGGCGCCAGAAAGACUGCAACAACAACAACAAAUACAACAACUGCCAGAGGAGAGCGUGGAGUGCGAGGGAACGGGCAGAGCAUAAAGAAACGUUGCGUGGAUCGUUACGACUCAUCUGAGUCAUCAGACAGCGGCGUUGCCACCUCCCUCAGCGCCGACUCCAGCACAGGAUCCAGUGAGGAUGCAUCCGAGCCUGGCUCCCCGUACAGUGCGCACUCGCUACUGAGCGACGAGCAGCAGCUACACAAAAUGCCGCCACAAAUACUCAGCGCUGCGCCCAGCAGCAGCAACUCCAGCAGCAGCCCUGCACCAACAGCCGCUGCAGCAGCAACAAUCACAGCGAAUGCAACCAGAAGCAACAGCAACACUGCCAAAAUCACAACAGCGACAAGUGCGACUCCAACUGCAACUGCAACAGCAAUCACCCAACGCAACGGCAACACGACGCUGCCCACGCUGCAAUGGCCUUGGAACACGAGCCUCGGCAGCACUUCCACGGCGGUUCCGGCUGCGGCAGCCUCCAAGAAGCGCGCCGCGGUCAGCAGCAACAGCCACAACAGCAGCAGCAACGAGGCCACUGGCUUGAAGAAGUCACGCGUAGAUCCUCAGGGCAACAGCAGCAGCAGCAGCGAGAAAAGACUGAAGGCAGCUGCCUUGGAGGAGUCGCAGACGAAGAUCACGGGCUUCUUCAAGUCACAGAUGAAGGCGACGUCGGGCAAGUUGUCAGCGACGCCCUCGCCGCCCCCAGCAACGGCGGCAACAACAGCAGCAGCUGCCACACCCAAUACGCUGACAAUGAGCACGCCAGCAACAACAGCCUCGCUCAACAAAUACUUUAACAUACUCUCGCAGCUGAAUGAGCAGAAGCAGCAGCAGCAGCAGCAGCAGCAGCAGCAACAGCAACAGCUGCAGCCCAAGCUAACGACAACAGUUGCUGCUGCUGUGGGCACUGCUGCCGUGUUGCCGGUGCCGGCGCUCAAGAAGAUCGAGCGCAGCAGCAAGCAGCCCGCCAAGAUUGCUCAGGUGGCGCCCAAUCUGCGCAAGACGCCGAGCAGCAACAGCCACGCGCACAGCCACAGCCACGCCCACAACGCACACGCCGGAAAUGCCCACGCGGUCACCGGCAAAUCGCCCGCCAAGAAGCACGUGGCCAUAGCGCCGCGCACGCCGGAGAUGAAGCAGCAGCAACAGUUGCAGUCGCAGACGUCAAAGACAUUGGUCCCAGCAGCAGGAUACCGCGCACCCCACAGCAACAAUAGCAGCAGCAACGGCAGCACCAACAACCCAUCAGCAACAGUUGCUGCCAAGCCCUGCCAGAAGCUGCAACUGGCUGCUGCUGCAGCUGCCACGCCCAGUGCCACGCCCACACCUGCCCCCAGCACACUAACGCCGCUGCCCUUCAGUUCGCCCAGCAGCAACAGCAACAGCAACAACAGCAACUCGCAGCAAUCGGCACGCGCCUCGCCUGCCCUCUCCGCCCACUCGUCGAGCACUCUGUCGGCCUUCGGCAAGUCGCUGGUGUCCAUCAAGGCGGAGCCCAUGGAGGAGUCGGCCACGCCCCCGCUGUCGAGCACGCCCAAGCCGCAGAGCUUCGCCGGGCAGCUGCAGCUGGCGAGCGGGCGGCGCGCUGAGCCCUCGAAGCACGAGCUGCUGGCCGCCGAGUGCAACUCGAACUGCAGCAGCAGCUACACCGGCAGCAACUCGGUGAGCAGCGCGGCGGAUCUCUCGCUGGAGGCCUCCACGCCGGCGUCGCUCAGCUCGGCGCCCUCGCCGGCCGCCAGCAACAGCAGCAGCAGCAGCAGCAGCCAGACGCAGCAGAUGUGCUCGCCCGAGGGCAACGCCAGCCAGCAGGACAUGCUGAGCGAGCUGGUCACCUCCUCCUGCAACUCCAGUGGCACGGAGGACUGCUCGCAGGCCGCGACGCCAGCAAUGGCUGCGACAACAGCAGCUGCAGCUGCAGCUGCAGCAGCAGCAGCAGGAGUCACUGCUGUCAGCAGCAGCAGCAGCAGCAACUACGACGAGGAGGACGACAAGUCGGUGGCCUCCUCGGAGACGGCCACGCACAAGCGGCUCACGCCCGAGUCCGGAAUAGGCGGCAGCCUCAGCAACAGCGAAAGCAGCAACUCCAUUGCGGAUGCCAUCUCUUCAAAGUCCGUCUGUCCGCCGACGUCGGCCAGCAGCAACAGCUGCAACGCCUCCGACAGCAACUCGCUGGCCAGCAAUGCGCCGUCCCCCGCCUCGCCCGGCAGCAACAGCAACAGCAUCGACGACUGCUCCACGGCCUCGCCCAUGGUGGAUACCACGCUGGCGGAGAACGCCAGCAAAGUGUUGCCCAAGUGCGCCAUAUCGCCGAUUCUGUCGCAGCCCAAGACGAUCCGCUUUCCGGCCGGCGCAGGAGCAGGCGGCAAGGGGGCGAAGCGGCAUGACGGCGUCUGCUAUUGGGACAAGUGCAACAAGAAGCACGAGAGCAACUCGAAGCUCCUGGACCACAUGCAGACGCAUCAUGUCAACACGCAGACGGGUCCCUUCGCCUGCCUCUGGGUGGGCUGCAAGGUGUACAACAAAGAGUCCUGCUCCCGCCGCUGGCUGGAGCGCCACGUGCUCUCGCACGGCGGCUCAAAGCAAUUCAAGUGCAUCGUCGAGGGCUGCGGCCUGCGCUUUGGCUCACAGCUCGCCCUGCAGAAGCACGUGAACAACCACUUCAACGCCUCGGACAACGCCAAGGAGAGCGCCAGCAAGCGCACCUCCGACCCGCCCGUGCCCAAGCAGCUGCGCAAGAACGGCAAGAAGCUGCGAUACCGCCGACAGCCCUUCUCAGCUCGCAUGUUUGACUUCUUCGACACGGGCAUCAUGGAGGGACUGCAGCAUCGCCUGCGCCAGAUCAGCACGCUGACGAAUGGAACCCAGGCCAUCACGUUCCAGGGCCAGUGCCUGAUGAGGCGUCGGAAUCGGCAAGGCUUCAGCGAGUGCUUCGUGCGCUGGUCCCCACGCGAAAUCAUCUCGGAUGAGUGGAUGCCCGAAUGCCCGAACGGAACGCGGCAGCACUCGAAGGUGCUGCAGAUUAAGCACAUGCGCCCGGCGGAGAAGACGCGCAUCGACAGCCUGCUGAGCACCGCCUACAGACUGCGCUACGACGCGCAGCUCUUUGCCGAUGAUUACAGCAUGAGCGAGGUGCGGCAGCAGCAGCAGCGGAUGGAGGAGGAGCAGCAGGAGGAAGCAAGCGGCAGCGACUGUGCGGACAGCGAGGAGGACGAUGGCGACGGAGAGGACGCAGAAGAUGACGAGGACGAUGAGGAUGAGGAUGAGGAAGAUGAAGACGACGACGACGAGGACGACGGUGUCUCGGCCACAAUCAGCUCCAGCAGCGGCACCGUCUCCAGCUACCAGCACGUGCUCAGCAUAGCCAAGCUGCAAUUGCAGCAGCGCAGCAAGCAUCCGCGCAAGCCGCCCAAGGCAGCGCCGAAAAUAGUGCCGACAGAUGCGCUGGUGCCCAUCUAGAGAGUAUUCUCUAAGUAAUUAAGCCACGCUCCCCCUUCACAACGACAACAACAACAACAACAGCAAAUAUGCCCCCAAAGGACAAACGAGUAAACAGUGACAAGUAGAUUUUAGUUCCAUUCUUAUCUAAGGCCACCCACACAGCAACAAAGCCCAAAACCUUCAUACACACACACACAUGCAUACUAUAGAUAAGUCUUGUAACAUACAUACAUACAUAUAGUUAUAUACGAAAGAAAGAGAGAGAGAGAGCAGAUCUCGCUUUCAGUUCUAAGAUAGUGCAGAUCCACAUCAAAUGUAUAUAAAAAUCGCUUCAAUAUCAUAAAAA